AUGGGAGGAGGCAAUGGCCAGAAAUCCAAGAUGGCUCGUGAGAGAAACAUGGAGAAAAAUAAAUCUUCCAAGGGAAGCCAGUUAGAGGCCAACAAGAAGGCCAUGAACAUCCAGUGCAAGGUGUGCAUGCAGACAUUCAUUUGUACCACUUCUGAGGUCAAGUGUCGGGAACAUGCUGAAGCCAAGCAUCCCAAGGCUGAUGUCUAUGCUUGUUUUCCGCAUCUUAAAAAGUGA